CGCGCAUCAACAUCAAACACCAGGUUCUCUACGACUUCGCGCACCAACCGCAUCCCAAUCGAACCCGUGUAAAUCGGCGCCAGAAGUAACUGCUAACAUUAAAAUAUGCCACCAUACGACAGCGAUUCCGAGGAGGAAGAAGGCGCAGAAGAGGGGUACACGGAAACGAACGUCUUACUUGGAUACGCGGAUGAGGAGCCGGGGGACGAUGUGAUUAGUUAUCUGGGGGGCAGUCCUGUGAGUUGCCCUUCUAAUAUUGGUCUUAUGUUUAGGUUUUCUGGCCCUUUACUGAUUGCAUGCCUGGUGAUUAGACGUGGUUAGACCCCUCGAACCCACCUUCGGCGUCGCUGGCCAAAUGCAAGGUCUGCAGUUCGUUCCUUGUAUUGUUGUUGCAGCUGAAUGCCGAUCUACCCGAGAGGCUCCCUGGGAAGGAGAGGAGGCUUUAUAUUCUUGGGUGUAGGAAUAAGGGGUGUAGGAGGAAGGAGGGGAGUGUGAGGGUUUUGAGGGGGAGUCGGGGGUUUGUUGGUGCUGGCGUGAGUGAGAGAGAAAGGGAAAAGGAGAGUGAAAAUGGGGAUAAGAAGGUGGAGGUCGUGGAGGAGAAACCGAGGAUCAAUAUUGGGGAAACGCUUUUUGGGACGAAGGGGAAGGAAGGAGGGGCAGUGGAGAAUCCAUUCUCAAUGGGAGGUUCGAGUGGAGGGGCGAAGGAAAAUCCAUUCUCGACGGGUACGAGUAAAGCUUCGAAUCCGUUCUCAACUCCCUCUUCGGCGGCGACACAGAAUCCUUUCGCUGCGAAAAAAACGAUACCUUCAAAUACAACCCCACCAAAACCGGCAUCCUCCUCAGAUACCGCCUCCCUCCCCCAAACAUUCGCCAAAGCCCUCUCCUUAAAUAAUCCCCAAUCUACAUACGGGCCCCCACCAAUUCCCGAACCCUGGCCUACAGAUUCCAAAUCCUACCCAACGCCCUAUCUAAAACUCUACCUCGUAGACGCCGACUACGAAAUCCUCGACAAACAACCCCUAGACAAAAUGGAGAUCCCCGAAGUAAUGGACAUUGACGAAGGCUCCGGCUCCGGUUCAGGCGGCGGAAAAGAAGACAAAGAAGUCUUCGAAAGCACCAUCGACCGGCAAUUCCAAAAGUUCGCAGAUCGCGUGGGAUAUAAUCCCGAACAGGUCUUACGGUAUGAAUACGCUGGUGCACCUUUGCUUUAUUCCACCACAGACGCGGUAGGGAAACUUCUUUCGGGGGGUGGGAAUGAGAAGGUGAAGAGUGCGGGGGGGAUUCCGAGGUGUGGGGGUUGUGGGGGGAAGAGGGAGUUUGAGUGUCAGCUUACGCCGCAUGCUAUUAUGGAGUUGGAGAGGGAUGAGGAGGGAUUGGAUGGGAUGGAGUGGGGGACUAUACUUGUGGGGGUUUGCGCGGGGGAUUGUGUGGCGAGUUAUGUUGGGAAAGGGGAGGUUGGGUGGAUGGAGGAGUGGGUUGGGGUUCAGUGGGAGGAUGCUGGGCGGUGA